AUGCUUACACUGCGCAUCAGAGGACCCCAAGGACAGGCCGUCGCGACGCUCGAGGACAACGCCACACUCGCUCAGCUGCGGUCAAAGGUGGAGGAGACGACAGGGAUACCUCCUGCGAGGCAAGAGCUGCGCCACGGCUAUCCUCCGAAGCUGCUCGAGCCUGCUGCACCUCCACAAUCGAGUUUGAAGUCGCUGGGAAUCACCAGCGGCGAAGCCUUUGUCGUCUCGGAGGGUUCAGCCGAGCCAGCAGCGUCGACGUCUUCCUCGACUGCCACGCCCUCUCAGCCCCGCUCCGUCUCUCCUGCCGUCGUACCCUCAGUCGCACCAAGUCGAGCUCAACAACUCGUCGCACCGCCCAAGCCCCAAGCUGCUGGAUCAGGCGGGCAGUACAUCGAGACGGGCGGCGGCUUCCUCUGUCUGCGGGUCGUUCCAGACGACAACUCCUGCCUCUUCCGCGCGGUAGGGCUGGUACUGAGUCCUGGAGAGGCGGAUGCUGCAGCGUCGUUUAGGCGAGUCGUGGCUGGCGCAAUUCAGGCGGACCCGGAGACGUAUUCGGAGGCGAUGCUCGGGCGAACACCUGAAGAGUACAUCGCCACGAUUCUCAAGCCAACCUCAUGGGGCGGCGCUAUCGAGCUCGCCAUCUUCGCCCAGCACUUCUCGACAGAGAUCUGCAGCAUCGACGUCCAGACAGGACGGGUCGACCGGUUCGGCCAAGACGCAGGAUACGACACCUUUGUCAUGCUCGUCUACUCUGGUAUUCACUACGACGCCUUGACGUUCUCGUUCGCCCCGCCGGAAGCUUCGACGUCGUUCCCGCCUCCCAACAUCGACUUUGACACAACCGUCUUCCCUCGAUCCGAGGAAAACCUGCUCUCGGCCGCAUGUGAACUCGUCGCACAGCUGCGGGCUCAGCAUGCGUACACUGAUACGGCGACUUUCGCCCUUCGAUGCGGAGUCUGUCGCGAGGCGCUCAAGGGGGAGAAGGAGGCUCGCCAGCAUGCCGAGCAGACGGGUCACACCUCCUUCACCGAGUACGACGGCUAG